AGCUGCAGUCUCAGUGUCAGAGUUGGCUGACGAUCCGGCUCAUGAAAGCUCAGAGUUGAUCAGACCUUCGGACUCUGAACCAGGACCUUCUGCUGCAGACCAGAGAGUGCUGCUUCCUGAUUGGAUUGUUUCACAGCUUGGAGGAAACAAACACCGCUGACCCACAGUCUUGACAUCAUUCAGCAGCAGCUGAGGCCAAAACGCCAUCACCUUGGAUGACCCACUGCUGUCCACACGCUGCUGGCGUUAACGAGAAACACAGACAGCAAACCGUUUCCUGUUCCUCUGUCUGACAUGGCAGUCUCUGAGCAGAACCUGGAUGACUACAGCAUCUACAGUCACCUGGCAGAUGAGGAGCUGCUGCAGAUCGCUGUCGAGAGAAGCUUGUCUGAUAAACAGGCUUCAUCAUCAUCAUCAUCAUCAUCAUCAGGCCCAAUCCAAACAAACCCUAACCCCACACACAGAGGUCCUGACCCCUCCAAAAGGGUGCAAACGGUUUCUGCACCUGAACCUGUCCCCCACAUCCAAAACUGUAUAAACCCUCCCACAGCCCUGUCACAGUUUCUCUACAAGGUCUACAAGAGAGAGGUCAGUCCGUUACAGUCCAUCAUCAUGAGUGGGGAUGCAGAGGCUCUGAUGGAAUUGGUCCGGAGGCGGUUAAGCAGCCUUAUGGAGCCAAAUGAUGAAGGCUGGAUCGCUCUUCAUGAAGCUGCUUAUUAUGGACAGCUGCAGUGCAUUAGGAUCCUGGUCAGAGCUGCACCUGACUCAGUGAACAGGGAUACUUUAAAGCAUGGUACUGCUCUGAUGCUGGCCAGUCAGCGAGGCAAUGUUUCCAGUGUUGAGUUUCUUCUGAAGCAUGGAGCUGACCUAAACAUCACCAACAAGGCCCAGGAGACACCGCUAUUUGCAGCCUGUGAGAAUCCAAACAAAGCCAUCGUAGAGCUGCUCCUGAGUUCAGGAGCUCAGGUUAACUGGUCCUGCAUUCAGGGGGGAACACCUCUUCAUGAAGCCUGCAGACAUGGACAGCUGAAGCUCUGCAAGAUGUUACUGGAUGCUGGUGCCAAUCUUAAGCUGAAAAACAUCUACAGUAUACAGCCAUUCUUUACCGCUGCACAGCAUGGACAUGCACAUAUAAUCCAACUGCUUGCACACAAAGGUGCAGAUAUAAAUGCACAGGCCGGAGACGGAGCCUCGCCGCUAUAUGAAGCCUCUAAAAAUGGUCACGUUUCAGCUGUGGAGGCACUGCUUACUUUGAAAGCUGAUGCCAACAGACCCACAAAGGCUGGACUCCUACCUCUUCAUGUGGCUGUUAAGAACAACCAUGCACGUGUCGUAUCCAUGCUGAUCCCAGUAACCAGCAGGAUCAGAGUCCAGCGCUGUGGGAUCAGUCCUCUACACAUUGCUGCAGAGAGGAACAGGGAUGAAAUAAUGGAGCUUCUCAUCGAGGCUGGCUUUGAUGUCAAUGCCAAGCUGUCGCAGGACUGGUCCAGGAUCUAUGAAGACCACCGAAGUACAGCGAUCUACUUCUCAGUCUACAAUGGAAACCUAGAAGCUACAGAGAUGCUGCUGGUUGCUGGAGCAAACCCCAACCUAGAUGUCUUCAACCCAUUACUCAUUGCUGUCCGGCUCGGCUGGGUGGACAUGGCAGCGUUGCUGCUGAGGUACGGUGCUGAUGUGAGUGCUCAGGUCUCCACACAGCUGUCCUCAUUCCCAUCGGCUAUCAUGCUCAGCAUGGACUCUCUUCCUGUGCUCAAACUGCUCUUGGACCAUGGCUGUGAUGCCCAUUCCUGUUUUGAGUGUUCCUAUGGCCAGAAACCACAUCCUGCCAUCGCACCAUCACGACGUCCCAUUGAAGAGCUGCAGUUUAGCGGAGAUUUGCCACCACAGCACCACCUUCAGUUUUGUGAGGCCAUCUCCAGCAUGUCUUUUUGCCCAACACCUGGUCCAAUCAUCUUGAUGCUGCUGGACUACGUCAGUCAUAUCCGAUUAUGCUCUCGACUGGUUGGAAUCCUGGAAAGUCAAGGCGACUGGGCACUGAUCAGACUAAAAGCUUUACCUCCUCAUCCUCUGAUGCAGCUUUGCAGACUGAAGAUCCGAUGCCUGGUUGGAGUCCAACGACUCAAACUGCUUCACACUCUGCCACUUCCUGUCAGACUUAUCCACUUCCUGCAAUACGACGUCCAGUGUUCACUCACCCUAGGGGUGUGAAAUUAAUGUGUUAGUGUCAUGGAAAUGUUGCUUUUUGCCUCACUAAAUCAUCAUGGUAACUGAUACUCAACACAUUAUCUGGUUGGGAGCAGGUUACGUUCAGAGUUUGAGUUCAUGUGGUAAUGCAGAAAAUAUAUAAAUGUUCUUCAACCUAAUUUGAAUCUGAGUCUCUUUCACACUGCUGGAAACACAGAACGCACAGCACCUGUUCAACCAAUCACAUUCAUUCACUCUGAUCUCCUUCAUCAGGCUGCGGGGCAGGAAGUUUUUCCAUGGAUCCAGAUUAAAGUCUCAAAGCUCUAAUGUGCAGAAAAUCAUUAACUGCAGUUCAAAUCUUUAUUGUACAGCUCUAUGCCACAAAUCAACAGCUUAACCCGUUUCUGAUUUUUUUUUUUUAGAUGGUUACGCUCAUUAUGGAUUUUAUCAUCAUUAUUAUCUGAUAACAUCUCUGUUUGGAGAAGCUGGAACUCAAACGGUCGUUUUGUGAGGGAGAAGAGUCAAAUGACCUGCAAAAUGUCCCUUGUAAUGUGAAUGCAUUGAGAACAUCUGACUGGGGUUUUAAGUUUGAUCGAGCCAGCUAACACAGAGAAAGCCUGGAUAUGUUGAGCUUCAUUGCUAGACUGUUUAGGAAACAGAAAUGUGACACUUUCUAUGUUUUUGAAGACACAAACAUCCUUUGUUAAGCUCCUCUGUCUGUGCUGACUCUUAGUGUGUUGAGAUUACCGUGUGGUGCUCUGGAAGAUGUUCACCUUUGACCAUAUUCAAAGUUUGAAAUCAGCAAGAGUUCAAAUAAACUUUUCUUUUUCAA